AGAGAAACGCUACCGCUCCUGUAAUAUUGAGAACAUGAAUGAGGGUUUGUAAACAGUUUUACGGCUGCACGAAAAAGCCGUAGGUCUCUAAAUAACGCAUGCACGUGGUAUGGGUUAGUUGCUGAUCACCGCGGCAAUUUUAAAACAGAACUGGAUUUUUUAAUGUAUAGAAGGGACAAUUUUAAGUGCGACUUUUCCUUUUGGCAUGUUUUAAGCCGAAGUCGUUGUAAGAUGCUGCAGCAUAUCCAGAAGUCAUGCAUGGUCUACAGUUAAGAAGUUUUGCAGCAUGGAUGAGACUGCAUAAAAAGAUAGCCAUCUUGAUUGGGAACCCCUUAACCAUGUAAAAGGAGUCAGUUUAAAAUGAAUGUGACUGGAGGAACCUGUGGGAGUCCGAGCACAGCGAGCAUGUCUGAAACUGGCAGCGAUACAUUUAUGGAGCUCUGGUCAAAACUGAAAGAAAGUCAUGAUAAGGAAGUACAAGGAUUGCAAGUAAAAAUAUCCAAACUGAAAAAAGAAAGGUGUCUAGAUGCACAAAGACUUGACGAGUAUUACAGCAAAAAUCAGCAGCUAAGAGAACAAUUAAAAGCUCUCCAUGACAAUGUUAAAAUCUUAGAAGACAGGUUGCGAGCAGGAUUGUGUGAUAGAUGUGCAGUUACUGACGAGCACAUGAGGAAGAAGCAGCAAGAGUUUGAAAAUAUCCGACAACAAAACCUGAAACUUAUUAGUGAACUUAUGGCGGAAAGGAAUAAUUUGCAAGACGAAAAUAAAAAGCUUAUAGAUCAGCUUCAAAAAUUCUGUGAACAGACAAGCAAAAACUGCGAAUCUGAAGAUAAUGGGGAUCUGCAUGAAGAGGGCAUUAUCCCAGAUUCACCACUUUGUGCAUUUUCUGUUUCAAUGGUGAACAGAAUGAGAAGAAAAAAAGAAGGCAAACACGUUCGAUACAUUGAGCAAGCACCAGCAGAUUCACAGCGCUCCCCAUCUGCCGAAGAACCAGUGAAGAUUGCCAUUUCUACUGUUGGACAUCAGCUUGAUAAACAGGAGAUUCUUGUAGUAGACACAUGUGAUCCUAGCUCAUCACCAAUAGCAAAUACACCAGAGAUGGAUGAUGGUCCUGAAAAGCCCAGAUUUAAUCUAGCUGCUGUUGUUGCUGAAACAAUUGGACUUGGCAUUCAGUCAUCUGAUUCCAUUGGUUACCUAAAAGCAGUUGGAGAGGAUACAGAUGUAACACAGCUUCCACAAAAGACACUUGAGAGGACAUCUAGGAGAUUGCAAGUCCAUGAAUCAGAGCAAAGGGAGGAAGUCAGUCAAAGUGUUUCAGAUAACCUAGAAAAAAUGGAGCAGGACAGUGACUGGGUUUUUCAACAGUGUUCAUCACCUGUAUUUGGAACAACGUCUGAUAUCAAGAGCUGUGAAGAGUUAGAAAAGAACAGAUCUCCUGUCUUUGGAGAAGGAGUGAGAGCCAAUCUCAGGAUUGCACCCAUAGUCAGUUCUACAAGUAGUAAGCAUCACAAAUUGAAGGACCAACCACAAGAAGUGUCCCUCAUUUCCCCAGUACACAUUGAGACUGGACAAAGUUCAGCUUGUGAGCAGAGAAUUGUGAAAACAAACACAAAUGAAUUGUAUAACUGUGGCACAAAUGCUGCUUGCAGAACUUCAGAUGAGAUGCCAGCUGACAAAGACAAUUUUCCAACUAAUUUGGGGAAACCUUCUGAAGUAAAAGUGAAGAAAAUGAAACAGAUGUAUUCAGGGGAAGAAAAUGAUCUGAGCACCAAAUGUGAAAACACAAUGUUCAAUAAGGAAAAUUAUACUCCUUUGAAAAUGAGCGUUCAUUCAACUGAGAAUGGAGAUUGUUCAUUAGAUAAGCCCCUAGACUUAUCAGAUAGAUUGUCUGAUAGUCGUAAUCAAGACAAAAACCACGGAAAAGAAUCUAAAAACAAACUUAGGCAGGCAACCUUAUUUGACUCUUUAAAGGCAAACACAAAAAUUUCCAGUUCAUUACAUAAACAAAAGGCUUACAAUGGUGGUUGUGCUUCAAGUAAAGAUACACAGGAUGAUCCGUAUCUUCAGGAGGCAGUUCGCAGAUCACUAAAUGAGAGCUUUCAAGACCGAAGUAAAGAAAUGCUGAAGGAGGACGUGACUGCCUUCAGAGUCCCGCAGCCCAUCAGUAGCUUUGAUACUAAUAAGCUAUUUGAUGAUGUAAAGGUUUCAGGAGUACCUAAGCCCAUUCGAAAGAAAGCUAGAAUACAGAAGAAUGUAUCUGAAACUUCAACUGUUUUACACCCAAACCUCUGUGCAAGUUCAGAAAAUAAAUCCAUAGCAAGGAAGGAAGAAGGAAACCAUCUUUUGCAAGACAUGUGGAGCAUAGAUCCAGGUGCAGAUCUUUCCCAGUACAAAACAGAUGCAACAUUAGUAGAGACAAAGACUUCUGGUCUUCCAGAGCCUGCAAGAGAUUCCCCAGACAUGGACAGCACCUAUAUUAGUGAGACUGUGUUAAAGCUGAACAAACACAAGGAAAACAACAGAAAUGUUUUGAAUGAAAGCAGAGAUGACAGUUUGGAGGAAAUUUUUGAUCGCACAGCUUAUGGAAACUAUGACUCCUGCCCUAAGGAUGAAAGUCCUACAAAGAUGUCUGAUCAAGAUGAAGAUUCUCUUGAAAUUGGGGGUGAGAGAAUGCUAAGUGGAUAUGAAGAAAAUCCAUCUAAAACAACACUUCAAGCUUUUGUGAUGCCAUAUGUUGAAAAUGACAGCAGGAAAAACAGAUUGCUAAACUUUCCUCACAUUGAGGUGGUACGUAACAAAGAAGAAAGAAGGAAGAUGCUUGGGCACACUUGUAAGGAAUGUGAAGUAUACUAUGCUGACCUUCCAGAAGAAGAGAGAAAAAAGAAACUUGCAGCUUGUUCAAGACAUAGGUUUCGCUACAUUCCCCCUGGCACACCAGAAAAUUUCUGGGAAGUUGGUUUUCCUUCUACACAGACCUGCAAAGACCGAGGUUACAUCAAGGAAGAUAUUGCUCCCUGUCAGCGCCCUAGAAGAAGGCGACCUUACCAUGCAACAUUUUCAACAAAAGGCAAAGAACAGAAGAGAUAGACAUUUCUGGACAAGGCUUCAUUCUUAUCAUGGAUCUUCUUCAGUCUGUCAGUAUACAAGUCAACAACGCUAUGCGCACAGAAUUGCAGCUAAGUGCACAUAAUAAAGAAGUUAUUCAAAAACCUUUGUUUUUGCAGAGUACAAGCUCCCCUGCAUACGUGUGUGGGGGGACACAACCCACCCAGCCUCUGCCUUCUAUUGUAUUGUAACUCACAGGCUGCAGUACCUUAGGGAAGGGCAUAACAUGUAUUUCCCAAUGCCAGAGGUAGUGCAACUUCAGGAUUCAAAUAUACCAGUAGGGGAAAUAUGGGUUGGGACAAGCCCUUCCGCACUCAGGGUGCAAGGAAGGGGGUUGGCUUUCUGGAAAAAAUGUUGGCAUUCUAGUUGAAUUAUGUUUUGUAUGACUUUAUCUUUGGCACUUUUGGUAAUUCAUUAUGUUCUCUAAUAGCUUGAGUAAACUGUACAACAAUAGCAUAAAGUAAGUCCCACAUUCACUUUAUUAGGUGUUUAUAUGUUACAUUUUAGCUUACCUGAACUGGCUAUGUGUAAAAACUAUUGACUUUGUGUACAUUAGACUGUAGUAGUGAGCAAUUUCUUACAACUGGUGAGAUAUAAAUUUAAGUAGUAGCAUAGCCACCCACUUAGCUUAAUUGAUUAUUUAAUUCACAACUCAUUUUAUAUGACUGCAUUUUAUUCCAGCACCUUAUAAGCAAUAUGGUGCUCUGUUUUGCACUGAAUAACUUAAUUGU